UUUUUUUUUUUUUUUUUUUUUUUUCGCCACGGUUGAUUUUUAGUCGAGCAUAUAUGGCGCUGGUUGGCAUUUUGUAUGUUGUUUGUAUCACCAUGUUUGGUCUGCCUCGAGUGCGAUACUUUUAUUUGUUUUUGGACACUGGUAUGUAUGAUGACGAGCUAUGUUUUUCAUGUUAUAAUGACCUUUUUUUCCCUUUCUCAUUCCGGGUAUAAUCUGACGGGUUUAACAAAAAGAACGAUGUAAAUACGAAACAACGCAGUGACAAUUAGUGUCAUCUAGCUAGAAAUACCGAGCAAUAAAGAAUCUUGCUUAAAAUCAUGUGGACAUGUCUAUUGCAUGGAGGCGCUGGUGUCGGAGUAUAUUGAGCUCAGACCAAAAGAUACAAACGCAGGUCCAGGCCUUUGACACAAAAAGACUUAAGAGGGUCGAGGAUUGCAUAUACUUCCUGUACUGUGGAUGGUGGCGUAGUAUAGUAAUAGUACUGUCGAGUCUAGCAACGUCUCGAGGCAACCUCGCAUUCGUCAUUCGACUGCUCAAGACCAAUAAUACUCGUGCACCUGCCGGAAGAACUCGUGCGACAAUCCGUGUUAACGUGUAAGGCGGCUAGUAAGAUGAUCAAUAAGAGGUAGGCUGUUUCACCUUAACUUGAAGCGAAAACGAAGAAAAGUAAGCCCUAUAAAAGUGAGAUUGUCUUGAAAAGGGUCCGAACGCCACUAUGAAGGCCAAACGACUUCGAAAGGCAAGAAUGAGAGAAGAAGAUCGAGUGAUUCAAUUGAGAUAUGGUGAAAG